ACUUUAGAAGACAUGACAGAACAGGAGAUUGUAACAAAAAUCUGACUGAUCGUGACAUUCUAAUCGAUAAAACAGUUGAUUUGCGAAAAAAAAACGUUUUUCGUAAAUUUAUGAGCUGUAUUCUGUGUGUACGUUGAUUGCAAAUGUUUUUGUAUUGAGUGGGACAGUACAAGGUUGUUAUCACUACCUGUCGAUUUAACUAGAUCACAAGUUAUCAUUGAGACAAAAUGGAAGAAUUAACUAAUUCUUUACAUAAAUUAAAGCAACCAAACCCCAAUGAUAAAGUUUAUAAAGAUGAAUGUAUUUUCUCUUUCGAAAAUCCCGAAAGUCCAGAUGGUUUGUUUAUAUGCUUAACAACUUUCAAAGGAUUUUCAAAGGAUUUUUUGAAAUUAUACACCUCCAAAACAGGAAAUAAUGUUUUCUUAAAUAUUAAAAGAUUCAAGCAUCCAAUAGAAAAACAAUCAGAUGGACCUGAAUCUAAAGUUACACGAUUAGCUAUUGGAGUUGCUGAUGGUUUUAAUCCGGAUUCUCCCCAAUUUCGUUAUGAAGAAAAAUAUGAGAUUGUUGUGGUGACUGAUAUGAAAAUUCACACUUUUCCCUAUCCUCAUGAUAUUGAAAAACUUCCAAAAGUGGUUCAAGUUUGUGUUGAGGGUAUUUUGAAAGCUGAAUCAGCCUUCAGAGUUGCAGAAAAAGAAGCUCUGAGCACAUGGGAUGGAGAAGCCAGAAUAACCACCAAGCAUACAAAUUUACUACAACUAAAUAAUGGUAAAAAAAUACCACCGAGUGGUUGGAAAUGUGAAAAUAUCAACUGUGAUCUUACAAAUAAUUUAUGGUUGAAUUUGACUGAUGGAUCAAUUUUGUGCGGAAGAAAAUUCUAUGAUGGAACUGGAGGCAAUGAUCAUGCAGUUGAGCAUUAUAAAAAUACUAAUUAUCCGUUGGCUGUCAAAUUGGGUACCAUUUCAAGAGAUGGAAAAGCUGACGUAUAUUCAUACGAUGAAGAUGACAUGGUUGAAGACCCUAAUCUGGCUGUGCAUUUAGCUCACUGGGGUAUCAAUAUUACUCAAAUGGAGAAAACUGAAAAAUCAAUGGUUGAGUUGGAAUUAGACUUAAAUCAAAAGUUUGGUGAAUGGAUUGCCCAGCAAGAGCAAACAAAUCAGUUAUCACCAUGUAAUGCCAAUCAUGCUGGAUUAAUAAACUUAGGAAGCUCCUGCUACUUGAACAGUGUAAUGCAAAUGAUUUUUGCUAUUCCAAAUUUCGUUGAACAAUAUUUUGCACAGAGUCAGAAUAUUUUUCAAAACUACUUUGAUAAAGCUCCUGAAGAUUUUAAUAUUCAAAUGGGUAAAUUAGCUUCUGGUUUGUUGUCUGGAAAAUACCCCGAAGGAAUUGCUCCCAGAACGUUUCGAACUUUUAUUGGUAGAGGGCAUCCUGAAUUUUCAACCAAUCGUCAGCAAGAUGCUCAAGAAUUCAUUUUGCAUUUAAUUAAUAUGUUGAAUAGAAACGUUAUUGAUGAUAAUCUGGCAGACUACUUCAAGUAUCAAAUCGAAGAAAGGUAUCAAUGUAGUUCUGGAAAAGUCAAGUAUCAACAUAGACCAGAAUACUUACUUCCUCUACCUAUACCAAUGGAUGCUGUAAUAAAUAAAAAAGAGGUUGAAGAAUAUGAAGCUAUUAAAAAAUCACAAGGAAAAAAUACAAUUAAUCAAAAUCCAGUGAGAGCAAAAAUAGAACUGGAAUCUUGCUUGGAAAAAUUUGCUGCUUCUGAAUCUGUAGAGCAGUUUUAUAGCUCUGCAUUACAAGAUAAAACUACUGCAUCUAAAACAACUAGAUUAGCUUCCUUUCCUCCUUAUCUUCUUAUACAUUUGAAAAAAUUCACAAUGGAAGAAGAUUGGACUUGCGUUAAAUUGGAUGUUGCUAUUGAUAUGCCUGAAGUUCUAGACUUAGAACAUCUUAGGGGUAAUGGCUUACAAGAGGGUGAAGAAUUACUACCAGAAGCAUCACAAGCACCUGCACCAGUUUAUGAUCAGAUUUUACUUGGCCAAUUAACUGAAAUGGGUUUCCCUAUAGAAGCUUGCAAGCGAGCUUUAUAUUUCACCGAAAAUCGAGGACUUGAACCAGCUACACAAUGGCUUAUGGAACAUAUAUCUGAUAGCGACUUUUCUGAUACAUUUGUACCUCCGGGAAUUGAUGCUAAAAAAGAAUCUGUAACUUUUACUCCCAUUCAAGAACAUGUAGAAAUGUUGAUGAAUAUGGGGUUCACCAAAGAGCAAGCAGCAAAAGCCCUGAAAGAAACAAAUAAUAUAUUAGAGCGUGCUGCAGAUUGGGCUUUUAGUCACAUAAAUGAACUUGAUAGUAUGGGCAUGGAAGUUGAAAUACCUGCGGAACCGAAAUUUAAGACUGGAAAAGGACUAUACAAAUUAAUGGGAUUCAUUACGCACAUGGGUACUUCAACUAUGGUCGGACAUUACGUUUGUUAUUUAUUGGAAAACAAGAAAUGGAUUCUUUAUAAUGAUGAAAAGGUAUUUGUAGCUGAGAAACCGGCAAAAGAACUUGGGUACAUUUACUUAUACAAACGUAUGGACGAUUUUGACACAGAGUAAUACCUUUUGUAAAAAUUUUUGGUAAAUUUUCUUAUAAUGAUAAAGUCAACAGCAUAUCUUUUCAAGUUUUUCUUAAUUUAAAAAUUAAAAAUAACAAUGUAAAUAUUACUGAAAUAAAAAUUUGAUAAUA